UAGGUUUGUUGGUUGGAGAGAGGAAAUCGCGGGAAUAUGGCGGACAGUUGUUUGGGACCCCUGAUUUCCAAGGCCUCCUCCCCCUCUCUUCUCUUCCAAUCUCCUCCUCAAUUACUCUUCCCUUUCUCUUCAUUCCCUAAGCCAAUGCCAAAACCUCUUGUUCUAUCCAUGACUUCCCUUCAAUGCUCACCCUCCCCCUCCCCCUUUUCAAAUUCAAGCCCUAGGCCCUCACAACCCUCCCUCCUCGUCUUCUCAGGUGGUACUGCGUUUAAUGGCGUAGUGGAAGAACUGAAGAAAUUAACAACGAGUGUUGCUCACGUUCUCCCUGUUUCUGAUGAUGGUGGAAGCACUGCUGAGAUUGUCCGCGUGCUCGGUGGUCCUGCGGUUGGAGAUAUUCGGUCGAGGUGUUUAAGAUUGUCUGAUCAAAGUAGUGCUGAAGCUCUUGCUGUCAGAAGAUUGCUUGGGCAUCGCUUACCUCUUGAUCCCCAAGAUUCCAAAUCCCAAUGGUAUGAUAUUGUAGGAGGAGAACACUCUUUAUGGAAAGGCGUAUCAAAACCAUAUAGUGAAACAAUUCGAGCUUUUCUUGUUUAUUUCCAAAAUGAGAUCCUGCGUCGGCCUAAUGAAUCAUUUUGCUUUAGUAAUGGCAGCAUUGGGAAUUUUUUCUUUGCAGGUGCACGCAUAUUUUUUCAAUCUUUAGAUGCUGCUAUAUUUUUAUUUUCACGUGUUUCAGAUAUUCCAGCAGAAAGUCUGGUUCUUCCAGUCAUCUCAACAAAUGACAGGCUUACAUUAGGAUGCGAAUUAUGGGAUGGGACUAUUAUUCGAGGACAGAAUGAGAUUUCACAUCCAACCAGUGGAACCAUGCAACCCAUUGAUAAGGGAUGUUCUUCAGUCCCAGCACUUCCUUCAAGAAUAAAGAGGGUUUUCUAUAUGUCAAAUGAGGGUGGAAACUCACUGCACGAGGUCUUCCCCAUGGUAAAUGCAUCUGUCUUGGACCGAUUGAGUAAUGUGGAUUGUAUUGUUUAUGCAAUGGGAUCCCUCUUUACCUCCGUUUGCCCAUCAUUGGUGUUACGUGGCAUUGGAGAAAUUAUUUCUUCCAGGAACUGCCCUAAGGUACUUUUGUUGAAUGGUACACAUGAUCGAGAGACAAAUGGCUUUUCUGCUUCUGGGUUUGUAACUUCCAUAACAGACGCCCUAAAUCGAAAAUAUGGAGAUACUGAUUCUUGUUUGGAAAAUCUUCCAAACCAGUACAUCAAUACACUUUUAGUUCCCAAAGAUGGCCAAAUUCCCAUAGAUGUGCAAUGCUUGACUUCCCAAGGGAUCUUUGAUGUGAUCAUGGUUGACUCUGUCUGUGAUCCGAAAGUUGGUGUAAUAUUCAACCCAAAGUCAUUGAUAGACGCCCUUGCCAAUUUGAUUGGCAGAUACAUGAGCACAAAAAUGUGAUGAAGGAUGGACUCAAUUUUGACAGAGAAAAUUGUAUUCAGGGGCAAACAUGAUUGCUUCAGGUGCCUUUGGAAUGAUUCCAUGCGCGGAGAUGUUGCAUACAAGUGUAUUGGCUGGUAGGCUUUUCCCACUUCUGGUGUCAGACGAUGCAAAAUUUAAUUGAAGAACGGAGGAGGGUCGAGGAAGCAGCAACAGCAUGGAAACCUCAAUUCUAUUGCAUUGCAGCAACUCCAUUCUCAUCGAAGGAGUCGUAUAUUAUAUUAGUAGAAAUAGUAAAAAAGCUGUACAAAAUUACCGUAGUUGUACUUUCUGGUUCUAACAUGAAAGCAAGUACUGAACUUUAAUCACGCAUCACGCAUCCGAGACAACUGCGAGUGCGAAGAAUGAACAGGAUUUUAAAUGUUGACGUGUGUUUGGUAAUGCAUGUAUAUUAAAAUAGUGUU